CUUGUAAACUAUGAACGGACCCUGGUGAGAAAAGGAGAUAAACAGUCAAUUUUCUAGUGAAAGGAGGACAACUAAAAGGAUACUGGACAAGCAAUAAAGAGGAAACUUGCAUGUGGUACACACUGUGCUUUAUAGCCAUAGAUUGCAGUGCCAAAACUGAGUGCACCCCUCCCAGCUGACUGCUCACUCCUGUCUUUGUGUCAUUAGACCAAUGAUCAGAGAUGGCCAUGAACUUUCAUUUACUGAGGCAUGUAUUGACUCAGCAGAGCAGAUAUUGAUUGAAUGUAGAACCUUCCCAUUACUCUAUUCUAUCCACUGCUCUCCUCUCUCCAGUCUAUUCCAAUGAUUUUUCCCUUACUUUAAUACCCUCAUGCUUCCAGCCUUUAUCCUUCCUUAUUUCCUCUGUUCCUCCUGUCCUUUUCCCUGUGCCUUUAUAUGUAACACCCCCCCACCCCUCCCGUUCUCUUUGUGCCUUUCUCCUCUCACCCCUCACUGUCAGGCCAUAGCAUCUGUCUGGCAGCAUCAAUUAGGACCACGCCUGGAAUAAGAUGUUCACAUCCAAAUCAAGUUCUGUUUCCCCCUCUCCGUCUAUGGAGCAGACAGACACAGAUAAUCUGGACAUUAGAACAAAGGUGCAGCUGCAGGGAGUGCUGUGGAAGAGACCCUUUGGAAGGCAAUCAGCAAAAUGGUCCAGGAGGUUCUUUAUAAUAAAGGACAGUUUUUUGCUUUAUUAUGCAGAGAAUGAAAAGAAAAACUUUGAAAGCAACAGAUAUUUUAAUAUACACCCCAAGGGAGUGAUACCACUUGGUGGCUGCCGGGUGGAUGCUAAAGAAGAGCCUGGCAUGCCUUAUGCCAUUAAGAUCUCACAUGAAGAUUUCCAUGGGAACAUCUUGCUGGCAGCAGAGUCUGAGAUAGAGCAUAGUCAGUGGCUGGAAAUGCUGCAUGAAUCUGGCAAAGUGACAUGGCAGAAUGCCCAGCUUGGAGAGGCUAUGAUUGGGAGUCUGGAGGCCCAGGGUCUGCAGCUAGCUAAGGAGAGGCAGGAAUAUUUUGAUAAACUGAUGGAGGAAACAGAGGAGCUCUGCUCACAACGGGAACAGAAAGAGGAGCUGGAGAGGUUAAACCAGAUCCUGGAGUCCGAAAAAAGUCGGUUUGAGGACCUUGUGCAGGAGCUCAGAUUGGAGCAAGACCAGAUCAAGCAGGAGCUAGAGAUGACUGUCCACUGUCUGAAGGGAGUAGGAGAAGAGAAGGAGGAACUGUGCAGCCUCACACAGCACCUGCAGAGGACAAUGGAGGAGCUGUCUGUAGAGAAGCAGAGGACUAUAGCUAUAUUGGAAGCCGGUCACAAUCACCACCAGGCAGCAGACGGUAACAGUGGACAUCCCAGGCAGAGUCUCCACUGCAACCUCCAGCAGAUCGAGAGCAAGAUGCAGAAGUUACUAGAGGAGAAGCUUCAGGCCGAGAACAGGAUGAAAGAAAAUGAGGAGCGAUUUAAAGUACUGGAGGAGGAGCGGGCAUUCUAUGUAUCUGAGUCUCAGGCUCUGCAGAACUCGUUAACUGAGCUAACUGCUGAGAAGGAACAAACAGAGCAGGAGCUAAAGUUGCAGUUGAAGGUGCAGUUGGAUUUGGAGAGGAGACUACAUGAAGCAGAAGAGGCUCUAAGGAGGCUGGAGGUGGGCUUGAAUUCUGCAGUACUAAACCAGGACAAAGAGGAGAAGAUGAGGGCCGACGUUAGUCACUUGAAAAAGUUUUUUGAAGAAUGUAUAAGGAAUGCAGAGAUUGAGGCAAUGAAACCUGCGAUAAUGAAGAAUUCUGUUUAUGUGCCAAGAGCAGCCACCAGGCGCAUUAAAAGCUGCCGCUUUCAUCACCAGAGACCCAGCUUCGCACGAUUGAGACACUCACAUUCCUUCUUGAUGUCUCCGGCUGAGACCAGCGACAUCCAGAGCCUCAAAGAAGCCGCCAUAAAUGUAACUAGAGACAAACAUUUCAGAGAAACCCUGUACAAGAUCAUCACACAGAAGGAGCCCUCCCAGGGACACGAGAAGUAACUACUUACUGUUUACUAUACAGGACCAUAGCAAACAGAUGGCGAACACUCUUCAUCCCUUUUGUCACAUUAUUGUAUUGUUACAUAUAGCAAUGAUAUACUGUACUCACAUAAAUCUCAUAAUAUAGGCAUGUUUGUGUGAGUAUUAUGCACAAUAUUCAUGCUACAUUUUAGGUUUUUGUAUGCUGCUGCAGAUAUAUCAAGGAGGGUCAUUUACAAUCCACGGCACCCAGUGCAAGUGCAAAAGCCGCAAAUGGUGUGUUACCCUCCUACCUUUGCGUGAAUUAAGCUAGUUUUGCAAGGAAUCAUGGUGGUCAUUCCGAAUUGUUAGCUCGCUAGCAGUUUUUAGCAGCCGCGCAAACGCUAAGCCGCCUCCCACUGGGAGUGUAUUUUAGCUUAGCAGAAGUGCAAACGAAAGGAUCACAGAGCGGCUACAAAAUAUUUUUGUGCAGUUUCAGAGUAGCUCCAGACCUACUCAGUGCUUGCGAUCACUUCAGACUAUUCAGUUCCUGUUUUGACGUCACGAACAACACACCCUGCGUUCGCCCAGCCACGCCUGCAUUUUUCCUGGCACACCUGCGUUUUUUCGAACACUCCCUGAAAACGGUCAGUUGACACCCAGAAACGCCCACUUCAUGUCAGUCACUCUGCGGCCAGCAGUGCGACUGAAAAGCAUCGCUAGACCUUGUGUGAAACGACUUCGUUCAUUGUAAUAGUACGACGCGCGUUUUUUUGCCUGAUCGCUGCGCAGCAAAUGAAAGCAGCUAGCGAACAACUCGGAAUGAGCCCCCAUAUGAGUGUGAAUCGACGAUUCUGCAGGGUUAAAAAGGUUAUGCAUUUUUGGUACACACAAUCUCUCUGAUUUUCAAUGAAGUGAUGCCUGUAAUGCUGUCUUGGUUAAUGUGAGCGAAAGAUUACACCACCUCAAUUAGUACUUUGAAAAAAAUAAAAUAAAGUUUCAAUUAAUAAAA